GUUGAGCUGUAGGUUGAUGUUUCCACAAGAAUGAAGAGGAACCUUCUGAGGGACAGACAGACAGAGAGAGAGACAGACAGAGACAGACAGAGAGAGAGACAGACAGAGAGAGAGACAGAGAGAGACAGAGACAGAGAGAGAGACAGACACCACCAGCGCCUCCACUUGUUCUUCACAUUUGAACUUCUUCUGACAUGAAGGAGCAGAAGUUUACUGAGGAGGUGAUGAAGAUCAUGGAGGAAGCUCCGAACGCCAGGAAGGCUCUGCUGGAGAACUACGACAACCUGCAGAGCGUGGCCGACUACUGCCACAGCAACUACCUACAGGCAGGUGAUGGCUGUAUGAAGGCGUUGGAGGAGACUAAGAACUUCACCACCCAAUCACUGGCCAGCGUCGCCUACCAGAUCAGCACGCUGGCCAAUAGCGUCCUGAGUCUGCUGGACGCUCAGACCAAUCAGCUGCGUCACAUGGAGUCCUCCAUCAACCUCAUUAGUCAGACGGUGGAGAUGCACAAAGAGAAGGUUUCUCGGAGGGAGAUCGGUGUCUUCACGACGGUGAGACGCGUCCCGCGAAGCCACAAGAUCCUGCUUCCUCCUCAGCCGGCCGCCGGUUCUCAGCCCCGCCCACCGUACAGCCGUCGACCAAUCAACUACCAGCAGCUGGACGGCCUCGGCCACGGCAUGAAGGUCUCUGGGAAACAGUCGGACCGAACAGGAACGAUCCACAAACAUGGAGCCUCCACCAGGUCCACCAAACCUCCAGAGCCCGUGCAGUGCCCGGUGGCGCCCCCUGUCAGCGGCUCUAGUUUUGGGAAACCCGUGGCUCCGCCCACCAUCCCCCCAACCUGCCAGGCUCCACCUGAUGGUGACAUCAUCACCACACUGCUGAACGAAGCCCCGCCUCCUCCUCCUACAGCGAAUGAAAUGACCAUUCAGGGUGAUGAGGUCGCUAUCACAUUGGCCCCGCCCCCUCCACCUCCUCCUCCUGAUUCAUCAGGAGAGAUGGUGGCUCUGCCCCCCCCUCCACCCCCUCCGCCAGAGGCUCUGACCAGUUACAGCGCUCCACCACCAGCUCCGCCCCUCAGCCUCGAGACAGUGGUGGAGGAGAGCAGCUUCCCCCCUCCAUCUCCCCCUCCUCCCUCUGAUGAUGAUGGCUUCCCUCCGCUGCCCAAUGAGCUGCCAGCCCCGCCCCCUCCACCUCCAUCCAACCAGGAAGUAGAGGUGACCCUUCUGCCCAGGAGGAGUCGCCGCCGCCGCUCGCCCCCUACCACUCGCUCCCUCUCUCUGAGGGUUCGCUCUGGCCCCGCUUCCCGCUGCAGUUAUACACGCUCUCUCUUCCUGCCUGCUGUCCAAUCACUGAUGAUCCCCCCCUCCUCCCCCUACCCUCCCCAUGCUCCUCCUCCCUCCUCCUCCCCCUCCUCCUCCUUCACCCUGCUCCCACGCUCCUCCUCCUCAUCUCGACUUUGCUUACCUGCUCGCCUCGAACACCUGGAUCUAGAGCUCCCGGCCACACCCCCCCCGCUCCUAUUGGAUGAUGCGGGUGGUUUUGAUGACCUAAUGCCGCCCCUCCCUCCACCAGUGGACUACAACACAGACGCCCCCGAACAAUACCUGGAGAAAGUGGAGGCGCUGUACAGUUACGAGGCCUCCAAACCUGACGACCUGUCGCUCACAGAGGGCGACGUCAUCUUCUUGAUACAUCGCCAUGACGAUGGCUGGUGUGAGGGCUUCCUCAACGGCAUCAGAGGCUUCUUCCCCGGAAACUACGUCCAAUCACGAGGAAUGACUGAAGAUCAACCACGUUUAUGAAUGAAUCUCACACCAGAGCUAAAAUCAAACUAAACCACAGUCACAGCAUGAUUAUGAUCACAUGUAAUAAUAUACAUAUAAUAUACAUAAAGGAGAUAAAUGCAUGUAUAUACAUAUAUAUACAGAAUUCAGGAGAUGAUUCAUUCAUUCACAAGUUUUUAACGUUUUAAUAACAAAUGUGAACAUACAGAGGUGGAAGAAGUACUCAGAUCUGUAUUUAGGAAAAGGUAGUAAUACCACAGGGUAAAAUACUUUGUUAUAAGUAAAACUCCUGCAUUCAAAUUAUUACUCAAGUUAAAGUACAUCAACAUAUACAUAAGCCCCUGAAUACCCUCUAAUCCUGGAAACCCCCUCCUGUUAAUACCAUUUAUUAUUAUUUUAUGAUAUUUUAUAUUGAAAACAAACAAACCAGCAGAUUAUUCGACAAAACAAACAAUCGUUGUUUGCAGCACUAAACUCAGAUAAAUGUAAAUUAAUUUAUUAUUUAAAUUGAAAUAUAAAUCAGGCACGGAGCCAACACUUUGUUGGCUAUUGAUUCAUUUACUUUAUCGACUGUUUAUUUCUCCAUUGAUUGAAUAAUAAGUUUAGAAAAUAAUAAAAACAUAACAUUUGAGUUUUUUUAUUUUAAAGUGAGUCUUUUUUUACAAUAAAAUAUUAUUUUGAUUCUUCAUGUUGACCUUUAACAGGAAAAAAUGAUGUGAAAUACAGUCUGAAAAGUGAAAAACGUGAAAUCUUAACUUGAAAUGUUAAAAGAAAUGUUGAAAAGAAAGAAAUGUUUUUCUGAUGAAAGCAAAAUUAAAUCCAAUAUAUUAAAUGCAAUAUAUUAAAUGCAAUACCUGUAAAGCAGUUAUUCUGUUUGUGAGAUUAAAGAAUUAUAUCAAAAGUUAUUAUUAAAAUUGAACGCUGGUCAACGGCCAGAGACAAAAUGUUUCAUGAUCUCGUUUGAAUUGUGCCAUAAAUGAAACAAGAGAUUAUUCAGUACAUCUGUUUUACUAAUACACCUGUGUACUCUGAAUGAAGUACUUUACCUUUAAAGUGUAGUUUAGAGAAGUGCUGCCCCCUGCAGGCCAACGACACAAACUACAGACUGAGGGUUCAAACUGUUCAAUAAUAAUCUGAUCUCUUCUUAUUUAUGAUCAAUUCAAUAAUCUCAAAUCAUUACUGUCAGUAAUGAUCAUCUAACAUGUGACCUAUGUUUAUGUUCAUGUUUUCAUUUGUGUCUUCAAAGGAUCAAUAAAUUAGUGA